AUGCACAGAAUCGCUCUCAGAAACGCCGUGCGCACACGGCUAGCUGCCUCACCAUCACAGGUCGCUGCACGCAACUAUGCUACCGCAAAGCCUGCUGCAUCCGAGGUCUCCUCCAUCCUUGAAUCCCGCAUUUCGGGUACAGCCGUUGGCGGAAACGUCGAGGAAACUGGCCGUGUUCUGAGCGUUGGUGACGGUAUUGGCCGUGUCUGGGGUUUGAAGAACGUCCAAGCCGACGAGAUGGUGGAAUUUUCAUCUGGUGUCCGCGGCAUGUGUCUGAACUUGGAAACCGACAACGUCGGUGUCUCCAUUUUCGGUAACGAUCGUCUCAUCAAGGAGGGCGACACUGUCAAGCGUACCGGCCAAAUUGUCGACGUACCUGUCGGUCCCAACCUUUUGGGACGUGUCGUUGACGCACUCGGAAACCCCAUUGACGGCAAGGGUCCCAUUGAGGCUGCUGAGCGUCGCCGUGCCUCCGUCAAGGCCCCCGGUAUUCUCCCGCGUCGCUCCGUCAACCAGCCUAUGAUGACCGGUCUGAAGCCCAUCGACGCCAUGGUGCCCAUUGGUCGCGGCCAGCGUGAGCUUAUCAUCGGUGACCGUCAAACCGGAAAGACCGCCGUCGCUAUUGACACUAUCCUCAACCAAAAGCGAUGGAACGACGGACAGGACGAGACCAAGAAGCUCUACUGUGUCUACGUUGCCAUUGGCCAGAAGCGUUCUACUGUCGCUCAACUCGUCAAGACCCUUGAAGAGAACGAUGCCAUGAAGUACACCAUCAUUGUCGCUGCCACUGCCUCAGAGGCCGCUCCUCUCCAAUACCUCGCUCCCUUCUCUGGUUGUGCUAUGGGCGAAUGGUUCCGUGACAAUGGCAAGCACGCUCUCAUCAUCUACGAUGAUUUGUCGAAGCAGGCCGUAGCUUACCGUCAAAUGUCCCUCCUUCUCCGUCGUCCCCCCGGUCGUGAGGCCUACCCUGGUGAUGUCUUCUACUUGCACUCCCGUCUCUUGGAGCGUGCUGCCAAGAUGAGCGACAAGUUCGGUGGAGGAUCAUUGACUGCGCUACCCAUCAUCGAGACUCAGGGCGGUGAUGUAUCUGCUUACAUUCCCACUAACGUCAUUUCGAUUACCGAUGGUCAAAUCUUCUUGGAGGCUGAACUCUUCUUCCGUGGUAUCCGUCCCGCUAUCAACGUUGGUCUCUCCGUCUCCCGUGUCGGCUCAGCCGCUCAGACCAAGAUCAUGAAGAAGUUUGCUGGUUCGCUCAAGCUUUACCUCGCCCAAUACCGUGAAGUCGCCGCUUUCGCUCAGUUCGGCUCUGAUCUCGAUGCUUCAACUCGUUUCCUCCUCUCCCGUGGUGCUCGUCUAACGGAACUCCUCAAGCAAGGUCAAUAUCAACCAUUGGCCACUGAGAUCCAGGUCCCCAUCAUCUACGCCGGUGUCAACGGUCUCCUCGAUUCCAUCCCCGUUGAGCAAAUCACCAAGUGGGAAGCUGAAUUCCGUGGACACUUGACUGCCACCCAGGGUCCUUUAUUGGAGGAGAUUGCUGGCGGUAACGUUACACCCGAGAUGGAGGCGAAGAUCAAGAAGGUCGUUGAGGACCACGUCUCUUCGUUUACAUCAUAG